CAAUCUUAGGUAUGACAACAUUUCACACAUUCUCUGUACCUCUCAUCUUUCAUGUUGUACUCUUUUGUUCCAUUCUAUCAAUAGUAGCAUCAGAAAGACCCGAAGCCGAAGCUCUUCUAAAAUGGAAGAGCAGCCUGUCCCCAUCUUAUUCCCUAAGAAAUUGGUCACUUUCCAACCUCAAAAACCUAUGCAACUGGACAGGCAUAAUCUGCAACGGAUCGGGAAGUGUUUCCGGGAUCGACCUUCCAAAUGCAGGCCUUUCAGGUGUUCUUGAUCACCUCAAUUUCACUUCUUUUCCCAGCCUCACCAGUUUCAACAUCAAUGGGAACAGCUUGAGUGGGUCAAUUCCUCCCAGUGUUGGUGAUCUCUCCAAGCUGAGACUCCUGGAUUUGAGCAACAAUGUUUUGAGUGGCAUGAUCCCACCCCAGAUUGGGGAAUUGAGGGAGCUUAGGUAUGUAAGCUUCUAUAACAACAAUUUUAUUGGUUUGAUUCCUAUCCAAAUAGGCAAUCUUCAGAAGUUAAGGUUGUUGGACCUUGGAUCAAAUCUUCUUGAGGCUCCUAACUGGUCGAAAAUCCGGGAUUUCCCUCGACUCACACACCUCAGCUUGAAUUGGAAUGAACUCAGAUCAGGUUUUCCUGAUUUCAUACUGGGCUGCAGGGGCCUGGUUUUUCUUGAUUUGUCAGAAAACCACUUCAAUGGUUCCAUUCCAGAACCAGUAUUUACCUCUUUGAACAAGCUUGAGUAUCUCAAUCUCACUGAAAAUCAGUUUUCAGGGCCUUUGUCUCCAAACUUCACCAAACUGUCAAACCUUAAAGAUCUUAGGUUAGGAAUAAACCACUUCUCUGGCUCCAUUCCUCAUCAUAUCGGUUCGUUACCCGCUCUUCGAGUUCUUGAAUUGCAUAACAAUUCAUUCCAAGGGAUGAUCCCAUCUUCCAUAGGCAAACUCAAGGGCCUUCAGCACUUGAAUCUCGAAGAGAAUCGACUCAACUCUAGUAUUCCUCCAGAGCUUGGCCUUUGCACUAACCUCACCUUUUUAGGUUUGGCUUUAAAUUCCUUAACUGGAGACCUCCCUUCAUCCUUGUCCUUUUUGACCAAGUUAACAGACUUAGGCCUAUCAGCCAAUUUUCUUUCUGGGGAAAUAGCACCAUAUUUGGUCUCCAAUUGGACUAAGUUAACAUCAUUGCAACUUUUCAACAACUCCUUCACUGGGAGGAUUCCUUAUGAAAUUGGGCUACUGACAAAUCUUGAAAUUCUCUUCCUGUACCAAAAUCAGUUCACAGGCACCAUUCCUCCUCAGAUAGGAAAGCUGAGGCAUUUGGACUCACUCGACCUUUCGCAAAAUCAUCUUUCUGGUCCAAUACCUCCCGCGAUUGGAAACCUCACAAAUCUCACUUGGCUAAGUGUUUUUGCCAACAAUCUCACUGGAACAAUCCCACCUGAGAUUGGGAAUCUAAAAUCACUCACUUUUCUUGAUCUGAGCUGUAACCACUUGAGUGGUGAGCUUCCCUACACCAUUUCUGAGCUUGGUAAUCUGCAAACUCUUUCUUUGUUUACCAAUGAUUUUGUGGGGGAGAUACCAAGGGACUUGGGUCUAAAUAGCCCUUAUUUGGCCAAUGUUAGCUUCUCUAAUAACAGCUUCUCUGGAGAACUACCUCCUGGAUUAUGCAGUGGCUAUCUUCUUGAGGAGCUGACAGUAAAUGGGAACCGCUUCUCCGGGGAGCUGCCAGAUUGCUUGAAGAACUGCAGAAAUCUAAGUAGAAUACGCCUUGAAGAAAACGAGUUCACUGGAAACAUUUCCGAGGCGUUUGGAGUCCACCCUGGUCUUCGUUUUGUUUUCGUUAGUAAGAAUCAGUUCACAGGCCAACUCUCGCCUCGCUGGGGCCAAUAUACACAGCUUAUGGCUCUGAGAAUGGAUGGUAAUAAAGUUUCUGGUUCGAUCCCGAGUGAGCUUGGGAAGUUGGCACAGCUUCAUGUCCUUAACUUAGAUGGAAAUGAAUUGAGUGGUGAAAUUCCUGCAGAACUGGGAAAUCUAGGCCUGCUGUUAAAUCUCAGCUUGAGCAAUAAUGGUCUGGUGGGGGAGAUUCCUAAGAGUUUUGGGAACUUAAGCCUGCUCCAAUAUCUUGAUCUUUCAGCAAACAAGCUUAAUGGAGAAGUGCCUGGAGAGCUUUGCAAGUGCAAGAACUUAUUGAGCUUGAAUCUGAGGAACAACUCGUUAUCAGGCUAUAUUCCCUCUGAACUUGGCAACAUAUUUGGGCUAAGCAUCCUUUUGGACCUUAGCAGCAAUUCACUUUCAGGGAUGAUCCCACAAAACCUGGGAAAACUUAUCACCUUGGAGAAUCUGAACCUAUCCCAUAACAAGCUCUCGGGCGAAAUUCCUCCUGCCUUAACCGGCAUGGUGAGCUUGCAGGUUAUGGAUUUUUCCUACAAUCAAUUGUGUGGACCGGUUCCUCGUGAUGGAAGAUUCCUAGGAGCAACAGCUGAAGCAUUUCUUGGAAACUCCGGUUUGUGUGGAAAUAUAGCAGGAUUGCCUCAAUGUAGGCUUAAUUCGAGUAAGGCAAAGAUCAAUAUAGGCAAGGCAAUCAUAGGUGUAAUUGUUUUAGCAAUCAGCCUAAUAGUAGCUGUAACUGCUGUUUGGUGUUAUGUGCUUAGAAGGAGAAAGAAGCAAGAGAUUGAAGAGGAAAGAUCGGGCGAUAAGUAUGAGACAUCAAUCUCUCUGAUAUGGAACCGAGAAGGGAAAUUCACAUUUAGGGAUAUAGUGAAAGCCACUGAAGAUUUCAGUGAGAAGUACUGCAUAGGAAGAGGAGGUUUUGGAAGUGUGUACCGAGCCGAUUUGCUUACAGGACAGGUUGUUGCAGUCAAAAGGCUCGACGUGUCUAACUCCACCGACGUUCCACUGACAAACCGGCAUGGUUUUGAGAACGAGGUCCGGACAUUGACAGAGGUACGCCACAGAAACAUCAUCAAACUCUAUGGCUACUGUUCCAGGAGCUGUUUCUUGUACCUGGUUUAUGAGUAUGUAGAGAAGGGCAGCUUGGGAAAAGUCCUGUAUGAUGAUAAAAUGGCAGUAGAAUUCGGGUGGGAUAUGCGGGUGAAAGUUGUGCAAGGAAUAGCUCAUGCACUUUCUUAUUUGCACCAUGACUGCUGUCCGCCUAUUGUGCAUCGCGAUAUAUCCCCGAAUAACGUUCUGCUCGAGUCAGAAUUUGUGCCGAGGCUCUCAGACUUUGGAACAGCAAAGCUGUUGGUUUCGGAUUCAUCGACUUGGACCUCGGUUGCUGGGGCAUAUGGAUAUAUGGCACCAGAGCUUGCAUUCACGAUGCGGGUAACGGAGAAAUCAGAUGUUUAUAGCUUCGGAGUGGUGGCACUGGAAGUUAUGAUGGGAAGGCAUCCUGGGGAGCUGCUGCUAUCUUCUUCUCCAGAAUUGUCUGCAAACACACCUUUGAGGGAUCUGCUUGACCCGAGACUUCUUCCUCCCACCGGAAAAUUUGCAGAUGAAGUCGUGUUUGUGAUGAGCAUGGCGUUGGCUUGCACGCGCACCACACCAGACUCACGGCCUACCAUGCGUUCCGUGGCACAACAACUAUCAGCUAGAACUAAGGUUUUGCUUGGAGAGCCACUGGAAACAAUAACAAUCAACACUUUGACAAAUUUCAAAAAGUUUUAGGCAAUUGGGCAAUUGUUAGUUUUUGGAGUAUUAGCUGUGUUUAUUAUCAAAAAGAAAUCUUUAUAAA